UUCGUUUUGAGAUUGAGGACAUGUGAGAAUUUGUAAAUCAACAGUUUUUAUUUUUUUUUCAUUCAACUGUCGAAUGGCUAAAUACCUCAUCCAAGUUAUUGUGGCAGGAACACAAGUUGUUGGCCGUGCCUUUGUCAGAGCAUUAAAACAAGAAUACACAGCUAGUCAACAGGCAGCCCAGAGAGCUGGAGGGGGUAAACAGGGGGCUAGGAAGGCAGCUGCUGAUACAUCAUUGGGUAUGACACUGCAGGAAGCCAAACAAAUAUUGAAUGUAUCAGAUUUGGGUGAUGUUAAAACAAUCAAUGAAAAAUAUCAACAUCUUUUUGAUGUAAAUGAUAAAACUAAGGGUGGUUCAUUUUAUUUACAAUCCAAGGUUGUGAGAGCUAAAGAAAGAAUUGAGAUGGAUGUAAAACAAACAUUAGACAAUAAAGAGAAAAAAUCAGAAGCCAAAAAGGAAGAGACAUGAUAGUAUAUCAUCUUUAGUUUAGUGAAAAUCUUUUUUAAUAUGGAGAAGAAAAAAAACCUUGAAGUGCUCUUCUAAAAAAAUCCUUAUUGAAGACAUUAAUGUUGGUCUGAUGUUUUAAUUAUCUUGGAUAGUUUUUCUGUCUAACACCACAUUAUUCCAUCUUGAUAUCACCAUGGUAACAAUAACUGUACAAAACAUAAUUAGUUUUCCAAGAUAUAUGUGUUAGUGUGUUAGAUACUUCUUUUCAUGGUAGAUAAUGUACAAAGGAACAUGUUGUUCAAUAGCCAUGUUUUAUUGUGAAUUGAGAUAAUCAGAGUUUAAUAAACUGCAAUAUGAAUGGCUGUAUGAAGAAAGACUAUCAUACAAAACAAUGUGGCAACCCAUUUACUAGAAUCAGAUAACAAACAUAGAUGACCACCACAUGUAAGAUCCGUGGCUUUUCUUAUUCAUCGUUGAUAACAUUCUUUCGUUGCAAACUGUUGAAAAUAAAUAAGUUGCUACUUUAUCUGAAUUUGGAACGUCACAUGUUACUGUUUGAGAAAAGUAGUUUGGUUAAUUUGUUUACAGAGUUAUCACCCUUGAUUGAACAAUAAACAUUGUUAUUCACCCGUAUUAAUGCUGAAAUUAAGUCAAAUUGAAUAGAUAUGUUGGUGCAUUUUUGGUAAAAUUUGAAAAUUCAUAUCCUUUGUGUAUGAGUGCUUAUUUGGUGUGAAUAAGUGUAUCGUCUUGUCAUGUAAUUCAAAUGAGGCCUUUAUUUUUUAAGACCUCUUUUGAAUCCGCUAUUCAUAUUUGUUUUGUUUGAUUAAUGUAAAUUAUGAACAUAUUAGCUUGUACAGAAAUAUUAAAUAUUUUAUUUUGAAA